UACAACGAUGAUAUAAUUAUUUUUUUUUUCGUUUCCUUUCUUUCGCGGCAAGAGUUGCAUAUAUAAAGCGCCCUAGUUUCUUACUAAAGCUUCUUCCUGCGCCCCGAUCAUAUAAAGACACCUGAAGUUGGGCAGAAUUUAUUUGUGCUCUCGUGGAGCUUGCUUUCUGCGCCAUAGCUACCCGGCACCGCGCCUUUGGCUUUUUUCCCUGUACUUGUUUAUUUUUUUGGAGAGAGUGGGCACAGCAAAUUUGAUACGACAUGGCUUUCGACGACGACGACAGCCCGCUGGUAGCAGGGCCGGUGUCGGCGGAUGGCGAAGGGAAUGCCCCGACGGCGGAAGAGACUCUCGAGGACGACAUGCCCGACUAUAAGCUAUUUGCAUCUGCAUUUUCAAAAAAGGGCGUCUCGAGCCAGACGAUACGAAAGGGCGAAAAGGACUUUGAGGCACACGGGACACGAUCUCAGGAUGGCGCGCUGGAAUCGAGUCGCAGAGCGCUAGAAGACGUCUUGGGCUACACGAGGAUACAUCGGGGCGAUGCGUGGGCUAGAGGAUGGUGCUUCCCGGACUUUUGGCUGGAUGAGGAGAAUGAAGCGACAGAUUAUGAGGGGAUGUGGCUAAAGGAUCGAGUGGUGGUUAUGGAACAUGAGAAGGGAGGCUGGAUGAAAGAUAUAGGACGAGUGGCGUCUGGAAAUAAAGAUCAGCUCGGCGUGGGAAGGUUAUGGCUGCUCCCAGAGGAAGCCAUCUAUCUGGUCGAAAGAGGCACCGUGGACCUGUGGUGGCCGUAUACGGACUUUGAAACCCUCCUACCCAAAGGCAGUACUCCUGGAGGGGCAUCCCGUCCUGGGUUUGGCCCUGAUGACUAUGAUGUUGGGUUGCCGCUGAGUCUUGAAGCCGCUUAUUCGCUCUUCACCGGCUACGAGGGCGAGCAGGGCAAGACAACGCUUCCCAAAUAUCAAGUUUAUGCGCAUUUAAAGCGUGCAGGGUUCAACAUCCUUCGUGCGCCGCUCGAGCAGCCGAGGCCAGAAUCCACAGAGGUUUCGCAGACACUUUGGCAAUGGCUCUUCUCCUUUGUCAAAUGGGAGUCGGGCCAAGAAAGAAAACAGCGGCACCACCAGCCUUUCGGUCCACUCGUCGCCCCAGGACUUUACCGGGCUUAUCGGCCUAUAUAUCAGCAACUAGCUCUUCUCCCUCGACACAAACCUCUCUCUGUACCACCAAACCCGUCUAAACCAGAGGACCCCUUCAGGGUGCACUUCCAUGUAUGGAAACCUGGUGCGGGAGGAUUCUCCAAGAAGAACCCUCCACCCCCCGACUUUCGCAUCGCCGUUGCCGACACGACCGACUCAUGCCUGCCCACGCUGGAACAAAUUGAAUCGCUGCUCGAGUCUACGCCGUACGAUGCUGCGCCGGAAGCUUGGCGGGGACAGCCAGGGAAACUGUACCAGCGACUGAAACACGGUCACAGAAAUGUAAUCGUGGCGGUUGUGGAUAGGGGAUUAGUAAACUUUAUGAGGUUUGGAGAGGGCGCGUUUGGCGAAGAGAAGCUAUUUGAACGAUUUGACAACAGAGGCGCUGGUGGGAGGGGAGGAAAGAAGGGCGGUCGCGGAGGGGCCCGAGGUAGAGGUAGAGGCAGAGGGCGCGGAAGAGGAGGACGAUGAUUAAACAAAUUUUAGUAUUAGUUGAGUUUUGAUUUGUCGAAGGGGGGUUGGUUUAUGGAAGGAUUUUCAUAACCCGGAGUUUCACGAGUGUGUUUAGGGUUUCCCAACUCGAAUCUAAUGUUGAGAGAAAGGGGGGGAACCAAGGUAAACUGUCUAGAUAGGAUAUAUCAUUUUACGCUUUACGUGCAUACAAGAUAGAUGACUUGGUUGUUGUUUGAGUCAACUCAACUCCUUUGAGCUCGUGUUUUGGGAGUGGGUCAAUCAAAUCAGAUUCGUCGGGUAAA